AUUCAGCAAUCGAAUCGAUCCGAAAAUCGUAGAACAAGAUUAAGAACAAUAACAUUGAGCAACAAACUAAUCGUCACAUCAAUUAACAACAAACCAAUAUAUAAGAAGGUAAAAACUAAAAAAAACUCCCACAAAACAGAGUAGCAAUAUAAACAGAGAAAGAAUCGGGUGAUGCUAAUGGUGGGUCGCAAGCAGUAAAAUCAAUGUUUCUGGGUGGUCUUCUGGUACUUGUCCUUGAUCCAAUGGAACCCAACACAAGAGCCUUGUUUGACCUUCUUCAUCCCUGUCAAAGCCACCGUCUUGGUCUUCCCCAGCCCAUCUCCCACCUUCUGCUUGUACUUGGCCGCGCCGCCGCCGUUGUUGGUCUUUUGGAGGUCGGGAUGGUAGACAGGGUCCGGCCCGGAAUCCCACUGGUCGGCCCAGGAUGUACCGUACGACGAACCGUUGGUUCCUGCCAUUAAAUGAGAGAAAAGUGCAGAGACGGAGAAACAGAGAGCUAAGAAGAAGAAAACAGAGGGA